AUGGAAGCUGGCACAUUUGAGGAAAAAGAAUCGGUCUUUGUUACAACACCAUCGAUGCCUGAUGACACAGAGCAAGCUGUCUCCAUCCCUCCUACUGAUGAUGACUUUGUAUUUAAAAAUGAGGAUGCAGAACCAGGAAGCACUGAGGUUAACCCAGUUAGUGAAGAGACCGUGGAGGAGGAUUUUCCUAGAUCUCCCGCCCCAGGGGAUGUUAUUUCCACUCCAGAUGUGCGGUCAUCAGCGCGGAAACAAGAGAAAAUAUCUAUGAAUCAGGCAGCAAAGACAGAGAUUCCUUCUACUGUUACCACAGAUCUUUCUGAUAAAGAAGAUUGUAUGGAAUCGACGACUCGUGCGUCGGAUUUAAAAUCUUCUGACAAGUCCUCCAGUUCUGUUGCAAGAAACAAAAAAACCAUGAUGGAGUCUAUGGGUCUUACAGAAAAACGGAAAGAAACUGAGAGUACGCCUUUAACAAGACGUACGCGGGGUUCGGUUGGCAGGAACAAUGGCGAUGAUGAAGCUAUUGACACCCCGUCUCCUGGUAGAAAAGUUAGAAGUUCUCGAGGCUGUUCUACCCCUGUGUGGCUUGAUCUGAUUCCGAAACGAAACAAAAAGAUCAAGAUUGAGGCUGACGAGACCAACAUAAGCGACAGAAAAGGCAAUGGCACUGAAACUACUGUAACAGGGGGAGUUCAGCUUGAAGGAAGUGUGAAAUCUAGUGGCAGACAAAGUAUAAAGAGGAAAAGCACUGUAGGGGACGGAGAGGAAGCCACCAAGAGGUCCAAACAGAGUCUGACGGAUAACAAGGAAGAAACUCCAUCUAGGAGCCAAGCUUCCAAAAAGUCAAAAUCUAAUGAGCCUUCUCACUCUGAAACUCCAAGGCAGCAACGAUUAUCAAAAAGAUUGACAGUAAAAUCUGAGGAAAAAGCAUCUUCAUCGGAAACCCCAAGGCAGAGAAGAUUGCCAAAAUCCUCGUCGAAAUCUGAGGAGGAGGACGAGGAGGAUGAGGGGGAGAUAGAGGGUUCACCUGAAAAAAAGGAUCAGUUGUCCGAGAGGUCAAAUUCAGGAUCUGAUGAGGAGACAUUGACCAGUCUUGACCAGAACUCCAAAAUGGUGACGAGAGGAUCUGGGAGAAAGGCAACCGGUCGGUUUGUAUCACUCAAGGGUAAAGCUUCCAAAAAGAACAAGUCGGCUGCAUCUGCGGAGGAAGAGUCGAAGUGUGAUGUAUGUGAUAAACAAUACAGCACUCCACAGAACAUGCGAAGACAUCGCAUCACUCACUCCGACUUCAAGGCGUACAAGUGUACCUUCUGUUCGCAGCGUUUUCAUUUCAUCCAGUAUCUGCGUGAACAUGUCGUUGGUUGCCUGAAUAAUCCACAGAGGGUGAAAUAUCGUAACCAUUACCGUAUGAGGCCGUCGCCUGUUAUGAUGAGGCACCUUAAGAUUGUCCCGUCGCCUGACGAACCGGACACGUUUAUCAACCUUCCUUACAGUAAGAUUUCGGAUAAGUUAUCCGAGGUGAAUUCUCAGGAAGAGGUUAAAAAUCUUACAGCGGAAAAUACGGAGCAAGAAAUCCUAGAGGUUCUGAAUAAAGUGAAAGCCUCCCAACCAGAGGUAAAUUUACAAGAAGCAAAACGUAGGCAUAGAGACGCUACAAAGGAAUUCAGGAUGGGAGUGAACACGGAGGACUGGAAGACAGAGGACGGACAAUACAAGUGUAAUGUUUGCCAUAAGAUCAUUUUGAACCAGUAUAAUUUGUACCGACACAUACAGACUCACAAUGAAUCAAAACGUUACAAGUGUACCUACUGUGGGCGAAGAUUCACUCUCGGACAGUACUUGAAAGAUCAUGUGAUCUCUUGUAAAAACAAUAAAAACCGUAUCACAAACUCAACAAAUCGUCGUUUUAUCGACAGAGACCUGAAGCGAACGUUAUUAUUCUGCCGUCAACUGUCGAGGCGGGGACGUUUGUGA